AUGACCCUCCGACUUCUGAUGUGCGACCUUAUCGAGCAGCAAGCUGGGGUCGACCGGGACAGGUUAUUGCAACAACAUCGGGAGGCGUUGAUGGUUCAUGCCGAGGCGGUGUUGAACGCCGUUCCGUAUAGCUCCCGGAGCGAGAUAUUCGACAUGACCCCGCUGUGCUUUGUCCCGGCAUUCCGCAUGGCCGAGGCCGUCCUGGUGAAGGACAUCACCAGCAUCACUCUCACAUCAACGCCGACCGCGGAGAAUCCGUCCUCGGCAUCGCUCGUGCAGCGCAGAAACAUCGUCAACCACGCAAAAGGGGCCAGCAUCAUGCAAGACAAAUUGCAGUCCGUGGGGUUCCGGGAGCGGCUCGCCGCGGCUUAUCCGUGGACCAGGGCCCCGCUCAUCGUGGGCGCGCCGAUGCGCGUCAUGGCGGGCCCGGAGCUGGCCGUCGCCGUGUCCCGUGCCGGCGGGAUCGGCUUCAUCGGGCCCGGCUUGAAGCCAGAGACUACAGCGGUCGACUUGGAGGCGGCAAAAGACCUAAUUGCGGCUUCCGGAAUCCCGCAGCUGCAGCAGCCCGGCUCGGUGCUUCCGGUGGGCGUCGGCUUCCAGAUCUGGAACGGCGACCUCGACGUGUCGGCCGCGGCGGUCUCGCAGCACCGGCCGGCGGCCGUGUGGCUGUUCGCGCCGCGGAACGGCCAGCCAGACGUCGACGCGUGGACGAGGCGGCUGCGCGAGGCGUCCCCGGAGACGAAGGUGUGGCUCCAGAUCGGCACGCUGCAGGAGGCGCUCGACGCCGUGCGGAGCGCCUCGCCCCCGGACGUGCUGGUCGUACAGGGCGCCGAGGCAGGCGGGCACGGCCGAGCAACGGACGGCGUCGGGUUCAUCACGCUGCUGCCCGAGAUUGCCGACGCCACGCGCGGCUCCGGCAUCCCGCUGAUUGCGGCGGGCGGCGUCGCCGACGGGCGGGGCGUGGUGGCCGCGCUGGGAGUCGGCGCGGCCGGCGUGGCCAUGGGCACUCGCUUCCUGGCCUCGCGGGAGGCGCGCAUCAAGAAGGGGUACCAGGACGAAGUGGUCAGGGCCUCGAACGGCGGCGCAAACACGCUCCGGACUCAUCUGUAUAACCACCUGCGCGGGACCUUCGGCUGGCCUGAGCAGUUCAGCCCGCGCACCAUCAUCAACCAAAGCUGGGUGGAGCAGCAAGCUGGGGUCCCGUUCGAGGAGCUGAAAAAACGCCACGACGAGGCAGUCGGCAAGGGAGACGCAGCAUGGGGUCCGCAAGGCCGGACGGCCACGUACGCUGGGGCUAACGUCGGGCUCAUCAGAAGUGUAGUGGCGGCUGGAGAAAUCGUGGAGGCGACCAGGAACGAAGCAGCAGAGAUUGUUCGGGCAUUGAGCGGUGUGUCAGACUAA